AUGAGUACUAUUAUGGAUACUGCUGUACGCAAGGCAACUCGUCUUGAUUAUCAACCUCCCAAAGUCAAACACCUUACAACUCUCAAUGCGUGGACCUACCAGUAUCCAGCUUCGGUGGGAGAUAUUGUGGACGUGCUCGAAAAACGUUUACGGGAAAACUCUUGGAUUGUAACGUUCAAAGUGUUGAUUAUCCUGCAUACGUUGAUGAGAGAAGGCAAUGGAGACCGAGUCAUUACAUGUGUGGAUGCACGACCUUCAGCAUUGGAUACCAGUCGUUUACGAGAAAAGUCUUCAGGUACCGCCCACAUCCAAAACAUUUACGCAUACUCGGCCUAUCUUCAACAAAAGAUUAUGGCGUUUCGGGAACUUGGUGUCGAUCAUGUCAAGUCCACCAUGUCUAAUAAGACAGGCAGGUUGCGUCGAAUGACAAUUGAUCAGGGUCUCUUGAAGGAAACGGUAUUGGUUCAAAAAUUGAUUGGAUCGCUGUUAAAGUGCAAUUUCCAAUUUGAUGAAGGCGAAAAUGGGAUCGGAUUACACGCAUACCGCUUGCUAGUGGAGGACAUGCUGGUCUUGUUUCAAACCGUAAAUGAAGCCAUCGUCAACAUUUUAGAGCAUUACUUUGCCAUGCCCAAAAUGGAUGCGAGAUUAUCACUCGAGGUAUACAAGCGCUUUGCAAGGCAAACGGAGCAAAUUGUGAACUUCCUUAGCCGAGCUAAAAUGCUAGAGAGGGAGCUGGGUAUCACUAUCCCCAUUGCACGUCAUGCACCCUUAUCAUUGGCAUCCGCUUUGGCAGAGUACCUAAAAGAUGCAGAGGAUCGGCCAAUGCCAGCUAAACCAACUCCAUCUACACAAGAUCAACCUGCUCAGCAACAACAGCAAUCAACAGCAGCUAUCCAACCCCCAUCAUCAUCAUCAUCAUCAAAUGCGACGACGUCAAUGCUAGUACAGCAACAACAACAAGCACAGCAGCAACAGCCAAAGGAAUUGAUUGACUUUUUUGCCAGCUUGGACAAUGAGACUGUAACAAUGGGUACACCUGCCCCUCAACAACAAUCAACGCACAAUCCUUUUCGAAGCUCGACAAUGCCACCUUUGACGCCACCACAGCAACAAACAUCCCUCGUAGCGCCAGCACCCAUGACACCUUCCAUCUCAACGGGUGUUGCACAGCAUAAUCCCUUCCGUAUUGUACCACAAUCCAGCACAUCAACGCCUACGACCACUGCCUUCAAUAAUACACCUCUACAUCAACAAUUCCAGCAGCAACAGCAACCACCACCUUUUAUUAAUACUAGCUUCCCAUCCGCAACACCUACAACACCUCUUCCCAUUGGUAUUCAUUUCACAGGUCAAUCAGCAGCAGUAUCAUCACCCAACAAGUUUAAUCCAUUUGCAGCAUCUCCCAACACAGCUCCACCACAACAAAGCAAUCCUUUUGCAUCAAUGUUUUAA